AUGGCACACACAUUAGAACCGUACAAGGGCUGCGAUAUACUCGACAUCAAUCCUGGCGUCGGUCUCUGGUCUCAAAAGCUUCACGAGUUCCUCAAGCCUCGAAACCACAUUCUGCUCGAACCGAGCCCCGAUCUCUUCCGGCCCUUCCUCGACCCUCUCCUGAAUGCACCCGACUCCAAAUACAAACUCGUGAACAAGGAUCCAUUGAAAGUCGAGUCGUACAGAGAACUCGUUGACGAGGGCGCAUUUCCGCAACAGACUCGGAUAGACCCGCAGGAUCCCAAAGGCCAAGAUCUCAACCAGACUCUGCUUGUGACGGGCUCUUUAGCAUGGGAUCCUUUUCUUCCGGGCUUGAGUUUCGACUCCAUGGCUAAACAGCUUUACCACCACUUUACUCCUGCCGCUUGGUCAAACGACUUAUUCCAUGCCUUUGGACCCGUACGCACUCUGUUCUGGGUCCAGACCGAAGACUUCAACCAUGUAGUGGCAAAAUCUCCCACGUACAUGCUAAAGUCGAACCGCUUGCUUGAGAUGACACAGAAUUUGAAUCUGGUGGUUACCUCAGAACGAGAGAGCCGUCCGGCAGGAAAAGGUGCAAUUGGUCGUGAGCCGCAGUACGAAAUCGAAAGCACUAUUCGCGCAAUCCGAUCCGCAAAGAAAGCUGGCUUCGACAUUCCAGAGCAUCGCCGUGAUGUGACCCACAAAUACGCUGAGCUGAUCGAAGAGGCUUCGGGUGGGUCUGGCAUCAUCAACAGCGAGACCAUGAUGGAGCUUAUGUACGCCCAGUAUCGCGCGGGCAAUAGGCCUACUCAGUUCCUUCCUCAGGGUAUACUUGACUGUUUCGAAGUGGAAAAACAAUUGCAGGAGGAACAUCCAGAUCUAAAGCUUUCACCUAUAUUUCCUCUAAGCAAAAAAACCGCGGCCACCGUGACAAACAAAGCUCACCCAGCUAGUGAUAAAGUACGGGAGUACACGAAAACACGCGCGCUAGUCGCGCACCGGCUGAGGCAGCGGAUAAAGUUCGAAGAGAUAGUGAUUAUUGGCGAGGAAAUCUACAAGCUUGAAUGCAAGGCGCUGAAGAUGAAAGAAGGCCCUGGGAAAGCCAAAACCCUCAAGCAAAUUGAACAACUGGAAGAGCAGUGGGAUCAGCGUCUCGCGCAACUAUCCCGGAACUUAGAGCACGCACCUGUCGCCGAGCUGGACGAUCGCAUCAACCUGCGCUACCCACCACAUCCACGGAUCCAAUGGGAUCAGCGGCUGUUUGAUCCUCUGAUGUCACGCGAAGACGAAGUGUGGCCUCGCAAUCGCGUCUCCCUCAUCUCCGCCACGCCCAUUCCCCGACCCGCAAGCGACGACCCAGAAUGGCACGAACAGGUGAUCGACUUUGUCUUUGGCUUGUACGCCAAUUCGAACAGGUCAGUCAUCGAAGCACUGGACAGCAUGCAGCAUGGCCUCUCCGACAUCAUCAAGGAUUGUCCGAGUCUCACGGAUCCGGACAAGGGGGGGAGGUUGCAGCUCAAGCACUUGAGGGUCAAAUUGUUGACCAUGGAGAUGAUCUACGAAAUGGCAAAGGCGUAUAAAGAGUGGCCAUUCAAGGCGCCGGGGUCGGAUCGCAGCUUGUACUUUAGGCAUAAGAAUUAG